AUGAAAGAUUCUGGAUUAGUAUUCUUUAAAACCUAUAUAGAUUUUUAAUAAUACAAAGGGUACUGAAUUUGUAAUUGAAGAUGGUAUAUAAAGUGUACGACGAUCAUUCUAAUAAUAACUUUAGAAAACCUCUCUCUUGAUACAACAUUAAAAAGGAUAAAUCAAAUAUAUCAAGGAUGGAUCCAUUCUUAAUAAGUAUAAUUUUUUAUAAUUACAUAGUGAGAAACAAUAAUUGAUAGAAGAUGAGUUGUCUUUUAAUAGAAACUUAGACUAAAUUAAAAGUUUAACUUGGCUUGGAGAAACUUAAAAUAAUAACAUGAAAGUUGGUAGAUGGAAUGCUCUUUGGAGAGGAGAAUCAUUGGGUAUAGGAGGAGAUUAUGAUAAAAAUGGAACAAAAACAGGAUAUUGGGUUGAAGCUUUUAAUCAUUUUUGGGAGUAAAAAUUUAAUUUUUGAAUUUAGGUUAUCAUAGGUCACUUAAGUUGGGUUUUAUAAUAAUGGAAUAAAAUAAGGAAGGUGGAAUAUCAAAUAUAAGGAAUAAAAAAUGUAAUUGUUAUCAUUAAUUUAAAUAUUAGAGGAGGAGGUAAUUACACAGAUUAAGGUUUAAAAGAGGGAGAAUGGAUUGAUCUACAUCAAUAUUUUCAUUAGUAUUUGAUAUUGAUUAAACCUUGAAAGCAAUAAUCAGGUGAUUUUUGAGGGAAGAUAUAAGAAUGGAAUAAAAAUAGGUUUUUGGGAAAUUAUGUUUAGAGAGAAAAUGAUUGAAGAAUUUUCUUUUAUGUUAAUUAAUCCAUUAUAUUUUAGUGGAUUUUAGAAUUAUAAUUUAAAUGGAAUUAAAAUUGGAAAAUUCGUAGAAUUAAUUGAGGAUUAAUUGAAGUAAAUGAAUUAUAAAACUAAAGUUUUUCUUAAAUUGUUACAGUUGGAUAAUAUAUAAAUGGAGAGAAGGAGGGUUUAUGGGAUAUAAAAGAAAAAGAUAAAAGAAAGUACUAUUUAUACAUUAAAAUUUCAGAGGGGGAGGAUUCUAUAAGAAAAAUUAAAAAGAUGGAAGAUGGAUUGAUUUAGAGCAAAUUUUAGAGUAAUUUAAGUUUCUAAUUAAGUUGUUAAAUAAUAUGGAAAGGGGAGUACAAAAAUGGGCUUAGAUGUAAUAAAUGGAAUAGUAUAAUAAAUAAUGAAAUAGUGUAAUAUAUGAAGUUUAGACUAGUGGUGGAGGAAUUUAUGAUGAAAAUGGAUUUAAGAAUGGCUUUUGGGUUGAAUUGAAUAAAAGUUUUUCUGAGUUAUGUCUUAAUUUUAUAUUUUAGAGAUUUUUAGGUAUUUUAUACUGGAUAAUAUGUUAAUGGUUAAAAAUAAGGGAAUUGGGAUAUCAAAUAAAAACAUUUUAGAGAAGAUACUUUAUAAAUUAUGUAAAUAAAUUUAAUUAGUAAUAUAUUAAAGUGGUGGAGGGAAUUAUAAUAUAAAUGGAAAGCAGCAUGGAUUUUGGUUGGAUUAAGAUGAGAAUUAUUGUGAGUAUUAAAAAUGUUUAUUGUGAGAUAAUUAAAAAUUUCCUAUAGUGGAGAAUAUUCAAAUGGUAUGAAGAUAGGAAAAUGGAAUAUCAAUCUAGAGGAACAGACAAUGUAAUUUUAUUGAUAUAUUUCAAUUUUUAGAGGUGGAGGAUAUUAUAAUGAAUAAGGUAUGAAGCAAGGCAUUUGGAUAGAUUUAGAUGAAAAUUAUUCUGAGUAAUCAAAUAACAAUUAUAAUAGUGGAUCUUAUUAAAAUGGAGUCAAAGUAUUCCAAUGGCAGACAAAUUAUUAAAAUCAAAUUAUGUUUUAGUAAUAGUUAUUUUAGUGGUGGAGGUUAUUAUAAUGAGAAAGGUGAGAAAAUCAAAAAGUGGAUAGAUUUAUAAUUUAACUUCUCUAAGUUAUUAAUUAUGAGUUUAAAUUAGUUAUUGUUUUAUUAGAUAUUAAGGAGAAUAUCUAAAUGGUAUAAAAUAAUAGUAGUGGAAUAUAUUAUAUAAAGAAAAUUAUACGUAAACGUUUAUUAAAUUCGUCAGAGGAUGUGGAUUUUAUAAUAAUAAUGGGACUAAGAUAGGAAUGUGGAUUAACUUAUAUGAUAACUUUUCUAAGUAUUUAUUUUUCAUAAUAUAAUUCAGAGAUAGCUUGGUUACUGAAAUUGGAAUUUACGAAAAUGGAUAGAAAUCUAAAAAAUGGAACACAUUUUAUAGAGAUUCAGUGAUGUAAGUUUAUUGAUUUAUAAAGAGCUGGAGGCUAUUAUAAUGAAGAUCAUAAUAAAGAUGGAAAUUGGAUUGAUUUGGAUGAAAAUUUUUCUAAGUAUUCCAAUUUUAAUAACAAUUAGCUAUUCUCUUAUUAAAUAUGUAGGUAGAUAUUAAAAUGGUCAAAAAAUUCUAAUAUGGUAAACGUAUUGCAAAUAAAAGUUAAUGUAAGAAUUAAAAUAAUUAAAUAAUUUUUUUAGAGGUGGAGGGUUUUAUAAUGAAAAUGGUCAGAAAAAUGGAUAAUGGAUUGAUUUGCACGAAAAUUAUUACAAGUAGAUUAUUUUUAGUAGAAUAGAUAUUGUAAAAUUAAAUAUGAGGGAAUGUAUUAGAAAGGAAAAAAGUAAGGUAAAUGGAAUGCUACUUAUAAAAAUUAAAUUAUGUAUAAGUUUUAAUUAUCUCUUAGUGGUGGUGGAACUUAUUUAUAUGGAAAGAAAUAUGGUUUAUGGAUUGAUUUAGAUGAGAAUUAUUAUGAGUAAGAAUACUUAACUAUUCAAGUGAUGAUCAAAAAAUCAGAUAGGGAGAGUAUCUAAAUGGAUUGCCAAUAGGAAAAUUUGUUUGUUAAAAAUUUAAAAGAAAGUUCAAUGAAUGA